GCUCGAUGGUCACACGGUUUCGUCACUCAUUCAUCCUCCUUCCUCACACAACCAUUAUUUUACAUUUAGCUAAUUGCAGGACAGACAGGACAUUAAAUUUUUGCAUAAUUUUGAUAACUAGUUAAUUAGACUUUAUUCGAUUACUAACCUACUGAAUUAGCAUAAAACAGGUAGGAUCUAUUCUAAAUAUCUCGUUGUUUUUGAUGGCCACCGCACGUCCUAGUAUUAAUUUUUAGAGAUUUGCAAUAAGAUUUUAAUGAUUGAUUGAUGGACACGGAAUUUUAAGAACUUAAGUAGUUAACUAAUUAAAUGUGAACGACCGACAUACCACAUAGUUUGUUGCUGUUAAAUUGCUUGCUCAACGAAAUUUUCAAGAUAAAGUAAACAUCCAAAUUUUAUUGGAGGGAGGAUUCUCGAUCAAAUACUUUUGUGAAUUAUUUUUUGACUUAAACGACGUGCAUUUAUUAGCUAAAUUUUGUACUUAAUUUGUAAUUUACUUAGAUUUAGUUCGAUAUUCGUGUACUACAAUUAUUAUUAAUUGGAAAGUACUACGCGCAGUAGGACCUAGACAAGCUCAUUCGAUUUAACAGUGCAGUUUCAAUUCGCAAAUCGUAAAAUCACUUGUUACUUAAUAAAAAUAACAACUAAUUUUACUAAAGUUAAGGAUAAGACUUAGAUAAUUAGGAUUUAUGAAUAACUAUAAACAACAUAACGAAUAACGAUGAAAUCAUAAUACGAAGGAACGGAUUGAAUAUAUUGAAAUACAAUUUAUCAACUUAUCAACGACCAGAAAAUAAUAGUAGUUUAAUUGAGAAAAUAUACUCGGUUGUUCAGUCGAUCAAUUGGCGUUGAUUAUUAUUACUGAGCUGUACCGCCGUUGAAACCAUGCUGAUUGUUAGUUAGACAAAAAGAUAACGACAGUGUUCAAUUUUUGCAUAUUGGUAAUAUUAUUGGUGACUUGCUCCAUGCGCCUACCAAAUUCGCCAAACGUUCAACUUGAAACAGCUAUUGUUACCCCAACGGAAAAAUCAAUCAGCAUAAACAUGGAGACUGAUGGUGGAUCAGGGGGAUUUACCAGCUCGGGUAUGACAUCCGCAAUAAGCACCGCCGGACCAAAGGAAAUUGACUUGAAGCUGACCAAGGACUUGGAAGAGGCGCUGAAACCUCAUGCAGUUUUCGAAUCCGUAGAGGAGAUGACACAUAGGAUGGAAAUCCUCAGCAAGUUGGACUUUCUUGUCAAGAACUGGGUGCGUGACAUUAGUGUCCAGAAAAACAUUCCUCCUUCAGUCGCAGAACAUCUUGGAGGAAAAAUCUAUACAUUUGGGUCCUAUCGCUUAGGCGUUCACAACAAAGGCGCUGAUAUUGACGCCCUUUGUGUUGUUCCACGCCACAUUCAGAGGACGGAUUAUUUCACAUCCUUUUUCGAAUUACUGAAACAGCAAUCAGAAGUGUCUGACCUACGAGCUGUCGAGGAAGCCUUUGUGCCAGUUAUUAAAAUGUCUUUUGAUAAUAUUGAAAUUGAUAUGUUGUUUGCUCGUCUGGCAUCCAAAGAAGUUCCAGAUGAUAUGGAAUUAAUGGAUGAUAGUAUUUUGAAAAAUCUUGACCAAAAAUGUGUUCGGAGUUUGAAUGGGUGUCGAGUUACCGAUGAAAUCUUGCGCCUUGUUCCAAACAUUGACAGUUUCAGACUUGCGUUGAGGGCAAUUAAACUGUGGGCAAAAAAAAGUGGAAUAUACAGCAACGUUCUUGGAUAUCUUGGUGGCGUGUCUUGGGCUAUGCUUGUCGCACGCACCUGUCAAUUAUAUCCCAACGCUACAGCAUCUACAGUGGUUCAAAAAUUUUUCCUCGUAUUCUCUCAAUGGAAAUGGCCACAUCCUGUAUUACUUAAACCAAUGGAGCCUGCCAGUAGCAAUGCGUUAGGAUUUCCUGUCUGGGACCCUCGGGUCACCGUAUCAGACCGCUAUCACUUGAUGCCCAUAAUAACUCCUGCGUACCCUCAACAGAAUUCCACAUUCAAUACGUCCGAGUCCACCCGUCAGGUUAUGGCUGAUCAAUUCAACAGAGGCCUUCAAGUCACAGAAGACAUUCACCAAGGAAAGGCGACCUGGCAAAAGUUGUUUGAACCAUGGCCAUUCUUCAACAAAUACAAACAUUACAUCGCUUUGAUUGCAAGCUCAAACUCUGAAGGCGAACAGCUCGAAUGGUACGGCAUGGUCGAAUCAAAAUUGAGACAUUUGGUUGUCACGUUGGAACGAAAUCCACAUAUCGAACUACCUCAUAUUUGGCCUACGUCGUACCCUUCAAUCAGUGCUGAAGGCAAGCCAGUAACCCAGUGGUUUAUUGGUCUCAUAUUUUCCAAAGUGGAAAACCUUAAUGUGGAUCUUACGUAUGACAUCCUAACAUUCACAGAAACAGUAAAAAAUCAGGCAGUCCACUUGAAUUUAUGGAAGGAUGGAAUGGAACUUGAAGCGAAGUAUGUUAGACGAAAGGAAUUAAACCAGUACUUGCCCCAAUCCAUUCUCAAAAAGAAAAAGGAAGGAGAAGAGGGACAGAGAAAACGAAAAAAGUCCACGUCCGUAAGUGAAGACGCCAAGCGACAACGGUUAAAUGAUGAUGCUAAUGCCAGCGGAGUACAGGAUUCAGAUACGAGUAUGAGUUUUUCACAAGAAAAGGAGACUGAAACAUCAGCUUUGUUAGAAGACUCGAUUGCUGAAGCCGAAAAUGGUAAUCAUACUGCUUCACCUCCCUCAACCGCUGCAACAGUUCGAAAAAAUGGCGAGGUAAUUAAGAAUGUAAAGGAACAUGCAUUCAUACAUAAAUUUAUGAGUAGCAAGUUCCUUCGGUGAAAUAAGAAUAUCAAAUAUCGGGACAGGUCCUCACCGUGUAAAUAUUGGCGAAAAGAUGGUAUGUCGACGUGAUUUCUAUAACUUAAGAAUACUUCGCCUUCAUUCAAGACGGGACGCUAUCACUACUGAUACAUUCAUCGUUAUCCAGAUGAAAGUGAAGUUUAUAUAUAAAAAAUGCACACUAUUAACUACAUCUAAAUAACGAUUUUUCGACGUGGGAUUCUUUUCACAAGAAAAUCAAUGGUGCUUCUAUCAACUGAUAGUUUAACAACAGUUUGACAAAAUGUCGAGUGAGUUUUUUCAGUUGAUUGAAUAUCUUCUGCUAACGCAUUGCUACUGGGUUUUUGCCAAAAGCGAAGAAACUGUUUAUUCUUGAGUUAUAAAUGAAUUAUAUGCAGUGACUGAAGCAUGACCUAUAUUUAUGUUUUUAAGUCACCUAAAAAUGUUAUAAUUAUCAUUGAACGGUCAAAACAAAAAACAUCAACGAUAAAAAAGGCUGUAUUAGUAGUAUUCUCGUUUAAUUUUUCCAAUAGAUUGUACUGCCUACCUUAUAAUUAUAUUUAUGUUUGAAAAUGAAUGUGUACACCUAAAUUGAUUGCAUUCCGAUUUAAAUGAGUGGGUUGCUACUUAUGAAUUCCCUUUGUUAAUUUAUGAUAUUACUGAACAACAAUAAUGGUGCGAUAGUAAUAAUUUACUCUUGCUGUAUAUGUUAUUGUUUAAUUGACUCUAGUUUGUUGAUUGUAGUUUGUAUUAUUUACUAUUUGACUUGUAUUAUGUUUAUUUAUGUAGUUAAUAUCAGUGUACUUAAGUAAGAGCGUCCAACCAAACGAAUGUAUGAACUACGGUAUGCCAGCUCUCGUCCUUAGUAUAUAAACCUAGAAGUAUUCCAAAAAUUUACAAAAACAAAAAACAAAACCCAUAAAAACCAAAAAAAAAGAAGAAAACAAUCAUUGUGCAGUUACUGCAACAACUCCCAUAACAGCUUUUAGCUGAUAAGGUGCAUGCUGGACCGGAAAUGUACCAGAAGAAGGAAUGAAGGGAUUGUCCCUCCUUGCUCCAUAGAAUGUAUGGCAUGAAUCCGCAGCACUUGAUGACGUUAUAACUUUCCAUAACUGCUUGCGUGUGAUGUUCAAUUCCUGACGAAGUCAAUGGUUUGGAAACAUAGACCUGGACGUAUGGAGUGGAGAUGAAACGCAGCUAUUAAAUUAAGCGUAUCCUUUCUUUUUAAAAUGCAAACAAACUUUCUGAGACACGUUCUUUUGCUUCAUACGGACAGCACAAAUGUACAAGAGGAUACACCACGGUUAUGUUGUAUAUGGUAUAUUUUUUAAACUUACACAACAAUUGACGUUAUUUAAUUUGAAUUUGAGAUGAAUCGGUCUUUUAAAUGAGGCUGAUUCUAAUCUAAUUAAAUUCCCGAUGCUUGACUUUAAUUUAUUUAUUGCUGCGGAACGAUUUAUAGAUUGACUUAAAUUAGAAAUAUUAACUAAUCACAUGUUAUGUUGUUUAAAAGAUACAGAAGCCAGGUAAGUAAUGGAAAAGAAAAAUAAAGAAAUCCAUUUUA